UCUCAGAAUUGUUACCAAACAACAAACUCGAUAACGACGAAUUUAUUGAGGUAUUUAAAAAAUAUGUAUUCGCCAAAUCAGCUGGAAGACUAUUCGCACCAAAUUUUAGGUAUAGAUCUUGAAAACCUUGGUAUUUGUACAGCGGUUUUGAAUUCUGGUAUUAUUCUGACCGAAGAAACUUACAUCAAGGGUAUGACGCUCGGAGACGCAAACUUUGGGGAUGCGAGGACAGAGGAAUUGUAUUUAUUAAAAAUAGACAAAACGCAGUGUUCUCGCUUACAACGAAUACGUUUGCAAUACGUUUCAUUUGUGCCCGUUGAAUAUACCAACGCCAUAUUAAAUGAACUUCUUAGCAUGCAUAAAGCUUUGAGUAUUAAAAAACCAAGAUAUUUUGAAAAUUCCAUGGAGCAUAGAAUAAAGAUGAGAAUAGCAAAGGCCAUAUCAACAAUCAUAUAUAAAUCAAACAUAAAUUUUUGGAACGAGGACUUAUUGAACCUGCCUCUGAAUUAUAACAAUCAAUUGAACAUCAAUUAUGUGUACGAACUUCUUGUGGCGAAAUGUGCUCCCGACGGUGAUGUCAUCCUUAAUAAAUUGAUUAAAAUUACGUUAGAAAAGCAUUUAUGGAAAUAGGCACCUAUAAGGAGAAGCCCAUUGAUGUUGAUACGGACCUUAUGGAUUACUGGGAGAGUAAAAAAUGUAUAUAUCCCCGACUAAGAGAUCUGGCAUUUAUUAUUGCCAGCGACACAAGUCAGUGUAGAACACGCGUUCUCAGCACUAAGCUUAUUCUUAGCGAUUUGCGAUACAAUUUGUCGGAGCAGAACUUGGCAGCCAUAUUAAUUGUUGAAUUGAAUUCCGAAUCAUUCCUGUAAAGAGGUGAUUAACUUAAAGCUCAAAUUAAAGAAACUC